AUGCUAGGUGGAUUCGGAGGAAAGUCGUCUGCCGGAGGGCGUAAAAGCCUCAGAGUCGCCGUUGCUGGUGACAAAGGAACGGGGAAAUCAAGCCUGAUCUCGGCCGUCGCCUCCGAAACUUUCCCGGAUAACGUCCCGCGUGUCCUUCCUCCGAUUACUCUCCCCGCCAACGCUUACCCUGACAAUAUACCCAUCACCAUCGUCGACACUCCCUCAAGUAUUGACAAUAGGAUAAAGCUCAUCGAAGAAUUCAGGAAGGCUGAUGUGGUGAUUCUUACUUAUGCUUGUGAUCAGCCUUCCACGCUUGAUCGCUUGGCUUCUUAUUGGCUCCCUGAGCUCCGGCGUUUGGAGAUCAAAGCACCAGUGAUUGUGGUGGGAUGCAAGCUUGAUUUACGGGAUGCACGCUCUCCCGCGAGACUAGAGGAUAUAAUGGCACCAAUCAUGAAGGAAUACAGAGAGAUUGAAACCUGUAUAGAGUGUUCUGCCUUGACCCUUAUUCAGGCUCCUGAUGUUUUCUUUUAUGCAUCAAAAGCGGUUCUUCAUCCCACAUUUCCGUUGUUUGAUCCAGAAAAACAAUGUUUGAAACCUCGCUUCCGCAGGGCAGUACAAAAGAUAUUCAACCUCUGUGAUCAUGAUUUGGAUGGUGCCCUUAGUGACGCCGAGUUGAAUGAUUUUCAGGUGAAUUGUUUUGGUGCCCCACUUGACCCCGUCGAACUGAUGGGAGUUAAGAGAAUGGUACAAGAAAGGCAACCAGAUGGAGUAACUGAUCUUGGUCUUACACUUCCUGGUUUCCUUUUAUUUUUUUCUCUAUUCAUUGAGAGAGGUCGCCCUGAGGCUGCAUGGGCUAUCCUCCGGAAAUGUGGUUACAAUGAUUCUUUAGAACUCAGCACCGAGUUAUUACCAGUGCCAGCUAAGCAUUCUCCUGAUCAGAGCAUUGAGCUAACAAAUGAAGCUAUGGACUUUCUGAGUGGGAUCUUCCGGUUGUAUGACCUUGAUAAUGAUGGAGCCUUACUGCCUGCUGAGAUAGAUGAUUUGUUUCAAACAGCCCCGGAUAGUCCUUGGCUUGAGGCUCCUUAUAAAGAUGCUGCAGAGAAAACUGCAGGCGGAAAUUUGACAAUCAAUGGGUUUCUGUCUGAGUGGGCUCUAAUGACUCUACUAGAUCCUCGGAAAACUUUGGCAAACCUGAUAUAUAUCGGUUAUGGGCACGACCCAGCUUCAACGUUUUGUGUAACGAGGAAAAGAUCAGUGGAUCGUAAGAAGCAGCGAACAGAAAGGAAUGUGUUUCAAUGCUUUGUAUUUGGCCCUAAGAAAUCUGGAAAGUCUGCAAUCCUCGAUUCUUUCUUAGGAAGGAAAUAUUCGGAGAGCUAUAAGGCAACAAUGGGUGAACGAUAUGCAGCAAACGUGAUUGAUCUGCCUGGGGGUGUAAAGAAAACCCUGAUAUUGCGGGAAAUACCAGAAGAGAGAGUGAAGAAGUUUCUGGGGAAUGAGGAAUCAAUGGCAGCAUGUGAUGUUGCUGUGGUUGUGUAUGACAGUUCGGAUGUAUACUCAUGGAAGAAAGCGAGGGAGAUACUGAUGGAGGUAGCAAGGAGGGGAGAAGAGAGCGGAAAUGGGAGCCCUUGUCUUCUUGUUGCCGCCAAAGAUGAUUUGGAUCCUUAUCCAAUGUCCGUGCAAGAGUCUGACAGGGUAAGCAUGGAACUGGGAAUAGAGGUGCCAGUGUCGCUGAGCAUGAAACUUGGGGACCCAAAUAGUCUAUUCUCAAGAAUCGUGAGUGCAGCAGAGAACCCUCACGUGAGCGUUCCAGAGACUGAGUCUGGAAGAAGAAGCAAGAAUAUCCGCCAGUUCGUCAACAGCUCCCUUGUGUUUGUCUCAGUUGGAACAGCUCUUGGUUUUGCCGGAUUGGCAGCAUACCGUGCUUAUUCCGCAAGGAAGAAUGCUUGA